AUUGUUGGAAAAAGUGUGAUGUUUUCUGGGGUCGACAUUUUUUGCGUUGCGCAGAGGAAUUACUUUCAGAAACAAAACACGAAAGUUUAAAAAAAUCGAUUGAUUCCGAGUGCUCACGAUUUAUAAAAGAAUUAGAAAAUAUAUGGAAAGACAUAAUUAAAAAGCAAAAAAUAAAUCGUGAAGUUUCGGAAAAAGAACCGGAUACCUGGGUCUGCCGUAUCGGAGAAAAAAAAAAGAAAACAGAGGCAGAAUUAUUAUUGGUGACCCAGGUUUCAUCGAUAUCGUGGAGUAGACGAUAUUUCCAACGAGGAAGAUGUAAGACAGGCAUUGUCUGUAAACAUCCUAGAGAAUCUGAUAGAAUCACCACUUCACGCCAACCUAGAGAAAAAUAUAAGAGGAUUUCUAGUGAAGACUUCAUGGGUCUUACAUUUAGAAAAGAAGAAAUCACUUCCAGUGCAACACCCCCGGCAUCUCCGUCGUCUAAUAGUGAUGAUUCUUUAGAAUUGGAAUAUGAACUACCCACCAUAUCGUUGAAAAGAAAACGAUAG